AUGUUCAGCAGCGCCAAGACCUUCUUCAUGUGCAUCGCCGCCGUGGCCCUCUCAAGCGGGGUCAACGCAGAGGCACAGGUGGCCCAGACGCUGGUCGGCGGCUCGUUCGUUGGCGUUGGCGUCCCCGGUUUUGCAGGCGUCGGCGUGGGUGGUCUGGGCGUCUACGGUCCUGGUGUCUAUGGUCCUGGCGUCGGCGUCUACGGCCCCGGCUACGACUACAACGGCUACGGCUACGGCUACAAUGGCUACGGCUACAACGGCUACGGCUACAAUGGAGUCGCUCCUGCGCCAGCCUACCCGAGCAACGGCGGCGGCGCAACGGCAAGCGCGUCUGCGACCGCGACCGCGCGCAAGCUCCGCUCGGCGGAGGAGCAAUAA